UUCAUCCUAAUUCCAAUCCCAAGCAAGAUAAAAUGGCUGAUGCUGCUGUUAGUGCUACUAUUCGGGUUGCAUUGCAGACGGUGGUUUCCCUUGCCGCUGACCAUGUUAAUCUGGCUCGUGAAUUCCCAAAGGAGCUGGAGAGACUCGAAAAAUCUGCUGCAAUGAUCCGAGGCUUCUUGGCCGGUGCCGACAAGGACAUGCGUAGACCAGGGGUACAAAAUUGGCUCGAGCAGCUGGAAGAUGAGGUUUUCAAAGCUGACAAUGUGCUGGACGAGCUCAACUAUAAGAAUCUUCGUCGGAAGGUGGAGUAUCAAAAUCAACCCUUGAAAAAGAAGGUACUCUUCUGCUUUUCAUUCUUUAAUAAAAUUGGUUUUCGUUGGAGUUUGGGUUCAACUAUCAGGGAGAUCAACACGAACCUUGAAAGGAUCCAUGGGCAUGCCAGAGGUUUGGGACUAGAAUGCAAGGGCCAAGUUGAAGAAACAUCUGGAGCCGCAACAAGCCGACAGACCGACUCUAAGAUUGUUCGAAGUGAUGUCCUAGGAAGAGACGAGGAUGAAUCAAAAAUAGUUAAGAAGUUGUUGACCGAAUCUGAAAGUGAUAGAAUUUCAGUUAUUUCCAUAACUGGCCCGCCAGGAUUAGGAAAAACAACUCUAGCUAAAGCCGUUUUCAACAAUCCACAGUUUGAUAAUCAUUUUGACAAAAAAAUUUGGGUUUGUGUGGCUAAAGAAGUUGAAAUCAUGGAGCUCUUCAAAAUGAUUCUAGAAUCGUCAACAAGAAAAAAGGGUGAAGUGGAUAGUAGGGAGGUAAUAGUUGAAGGAAUUGAAACUGAACUUAAGGAAAAAAGAUAUUUGCUUGUUCUUGACGAUUUGUGGAAUCAUCAAGAAGGAUUGUUGAAUGACUUUUUCACCACUUUGGAGGCACUCAAACCGAAGAAAGGGAGCUGGUGUCUUGUUACUUCUCGUCUCCAAGAAGUGGCAAUUGUUCUGUCUAGACAUCGGCGGAUCAAUUUUACUUGUCAUGACCUAGGAAAGCUAUACGAUGAUGACUGCUGGUCUAUCGUGAAAAUUUGGGCAACUGUAGGGGAAGAAGUACCAAAAGAAUUGGAAGACACAAGGAAGCAAGUUUUAAGAAGAUGUGACGGUCUACCUCUGGCAGCAACGUUAAUCGGAGGUUUGUUAUCUAAAAAGAGAAAAGAGGAUUGGCUAUCUAUUUUGGAGGAGAGCCUCUUGAAUGGAGAUCAGGGUGGGAUCCAGCAAAUACUUAAGGUGAGUUUAGAUCAUCUGUCACCUGCACCGGUUAAGAAAUGUUUUGCAUAUUGCUCAAUUUUUGAUCAAGAUACUAAAUUGGAACAAGAUCUACUAGUUGAGCAUUGGAUGGCUGAAGGCUUUCUUCAACCGGAUACCCAAAAUGAAAGAAUGAUGGAGCAAAUAGGAUAUGAGUAUUUGAGAAUUUUGUUGCAAACUUCCUUAUUGGAAGAAGUAAAGGAGGAGAGGAGAACAUGGUAUAAAAUGCAUGACCUUGUGCAUGAUUUUGCAAAAUCAAUUUUGAAUCGUAGCAGCAGCAAUCAGGACCGUCACCUUGCAGUAUACUCCUCCGAAAGAACCAAUGAAAAAGCAUCAGCAUCGCUUCGCACACUAUUUCUGGAGGGUGGCAUGGCUGAUGCUAUGUUAUCAAAGUUCAAAUACUUGCAUGUCCUAAAAUUGUUUGGAGCAGAUGUCAAAGAGUUGCCGACCUCCAUCGGCAAACUAAUACAUUUGCACUUACUUGACAUUUCAGGUUCUAGGAUUACAAUUUUGCCAAAAUCUCUUUGCAAACUUUAUUGUUUGCAAACACUAAGAAUUGGCAAGCUUGAAGAAGGUUUUCCAAAGAAGAUGAGCAAUUUAAUUAGCAUGAGACAUUUUCACUAUGAUGAUGAUGCAGGACGCAAAAUCCAAAUGCCAUCCAGUAUUGGACGAUGGACUUGUCUUCAAACGUUAGAGUUCUUUAACAUUGGUCAUCAAGAGGAAGGUCGUGGUAUCCAGGAGCUUGGGACCUUGCAAGAUCUUAAAGGCUCCUUGGAGAUCAGAAAUCUUGAAUUAGUAAAUGGCAAAGAUAAUGCUAAACAGGCAAACCUAUCUAAAAAGCCAAAUAUGCAUCGGUUGGUACUUGAGUGGGGCAACAGGGAUCCGGAAAGUGAUAAAUACGAUGAAGAUGUGUUAGAAGGUCUCCAACCUCACCCGAAUUUAAAAGAGUUACAUAUCCGGAAAUUUAGGGGAAAUCAUAUUCCACAAUGGCUUGUGAAAUCAUCAACAUUAGUGGAAUUGCACUUAAUAAAUUGCAGAGAACUCCCCGUGCCCACACUGUCAUCCCUUCAACAUCUAUAUGGUUCAGGCACUACUAGCAUACAAACAUUCUUUCCAGCCCUUAAAAUUCUCUCUCUUGAAAGCAUGAAAAAUUUGGAAGAGUGGAAGGACGCAAAUGUGAUGGAUGUGUUUCCCGUGCUAGAAAAGUUGUAUAUUAGGGAUUGCCCCCAACUGACCACCAUUCCAACUCCAAGUCAUUUCCCAAGUCUUAAUGUAUUGGAAAUCGAAGAGAAUUGCCAUGUUUUGCUGGCAGAAAAGGUUUUGAGCAAUAUAGCCAAUCUUUCGUCCCUUGAAUUAACGUGUGGUCGUCGACACAUGGAGUCUGUAAAUUUAGUGAUACGACCAGAGAGCAGUUUGAGUAUUGAUGGCCGUGACAGUCUAUCCACUGACAUGCUCGAGCGACUCUGUCUUUUCCCAAGUCUUCAAAGUGUAGAAUUGUGGUUUUGCUCUAAUAUAACAACAUUAAGAGGAAUGAGUUGCACUGCUUGUCUUAAGAGAUUGGUAGUCAUUGAUUGUGAGAAUUUACGGGAGUUGCCAGAAGAUCUUUAUCAAUUUCAAGCUUUAGAGUGCUUGAAGAUAAGGGGUUGCCCGAGAAUUAAUUCAUUUGGAUCAAAUCCUAAUAAAGGACAGAAAAGCCUCCUCAAGUCUCUUGAGAAAUUAACUAUUGGUGACUGCAAGGGAUUAACAAGAUUCCCGGUGGAAAUGUUCGAGUCGUGUACGUCUCUCCGAGAGCUGCAGUUGCUCAAUUGUCCCAAUCUGGUCUCCCUUCCCCUUGAUUUGCGACGAACCCCUUCUCUCGAGGUCUUCUCAUUAAAGAGCUGUCCCAACUUGAUUACCGAGAUGCCUAGUGGAUUUGGCUAUCUUACCAGCUUAAGGGGAUUGCUGAUUGGUCCCAUCUUAGAUUACUCUGUAAUGGAAUUUGAUUGGGCUGGAUUAGCAUCUUCAUCAACACUCCGGCACGUGUCUUUAUGGGGGAUGCCUGACACGAAAUCUCUGCCACAUCAGCUUCAAAACUUGACUAACAUCACAUCACUACGUCUACAAAACUUCGGAGCAAUCGAAACCUUACCAGAUUGGCUUGGGAACCUUGCAUCUCUUGAAGAACUAUUUCUGUUCGGCUGCCAAAAGCUUGAAUAUUUACCCUCCAUAGCUGCCAUGGAACGCCUCAAAUUGAGAAGUCUGGAAAUUUAUUAUUGUCCUCUAUUUAGUUAAGAGUUAAGAGUUAGCUCUCCGAGCCAUCCGGCAACAAGUGUCAGUGACGCAGAAAGCAGUCAUAAUGCCGAAACAUUGCAGAAGGCUCAAAAGAGUCAUCCUGGAACCUCUAAAGCAUCUUGUUGCACUGUUCACAUUCUCCAAUUGCAACAUGAGGCUGUGGUUUCCAAUCUUUUUUGAAGAAAGAUGAGGAGAAUCUUUUUAGGAAGCAGAAAUCAAUGCUUUUUGGACAAAGAACACCAAGGUUCCCGCAUUGUUCUUAUGAAAAUGUCAGGGGGAGAAGUUAUUUUCACUUAUCAGUCAGGUUUUGAAGAUGGAAGGUUGUUAUCUCUGAUUUCUCCCACCAAAAUGCCAUAUAUUUCUCGGACUGUGGAAAUGAAGGUGAAAAAUGUUGACUGCAUGUAUUUUGGGCUGUUUCAAUGGCUUUUCUCCUUGUAGCGUGCUGAAAACAGAGUGGCUUGUGCCAGGCUUGUAGAAACUAGCAUGGAUAGAGAAGAAUUAAAGGGGAGCAUGGUAGCUAGUACUGGAGAGCUAUCAAGGUACAAGACUUGCUUGAAAAAGACUGGACUUACUGAUACUUUAGUUCCAGAGGUGAGAAGAUUUGAUGGAAAGAAGUUAGACAUUGUAGAUAGCAUUGAUGAUCAUUUGGACAACAUAAAAGAAGCAUGUGACUGCAGUGCCAGUCAUUCAUUUGGGUGGAAACAUUUAAAAGAUUUGGUGCUGCAAUUGUAGAUGCAAGAAUUCCUAUGUCAAUUGGACAACAGCUUAUACCUUUCCACUCAAGAACAAGAGAGACUCAAGGUACAACUGUGCUAAUAGCUAGUCAUUCCAGACUUCAUCUUGUUGGAAAAGAACCACAUGGCUCCCUGUUGUUUUUGUGAGAAUGUCAAAGGGAAGAAAUUAUUUGUCACUGACCAGGCAGGUUUCGCAAAUAAAGAUGGUUGCCGAUUAAAUUGCAUUAGCCUUGAUGGAGACUUCUCAAACACCAAAUAGAAAAACUGAAAGUGUUAUGUCCUGUAGUGCUCGGAAUGCAGAAAUGAAGGCGAUGAUUUGGCUAUAUCUGAGAUUUGUGAAGACCAAUGAAGGUGGUAAAUCAAUAAUAAAUGUUACACAAGAAAGUUCUUCAAGGUGGUUCAUUCCACUUCAUAGAGGUUUCUUCUAAUUUGAUUUGCUUCAGACAGAGGAAAGCAUAUCAAGGAACCAAUUUGCUGCUGAGACUAGUAGCCAAUUUGGUUGAUCUUGGUUCCAUUAUAAGCUCUCUGGAUUCCUCUACUUGGCAAUCGCAUGAACAUAGAUCUCAUAUCAUUGGAAGCAUUGAAAGUGAGAGGAUGAGAAGGCAAGAGCAUUGGAAGCUAGUUGUUGGAUUGUGGGCGUGAAAAAGUCCUUCAAUUCACAUUUCCAUUAUUUGUUACUAUACUAAAGUUUUGCUCUAUAGUACUGUAUCCCAAAACUUCAGUUUAACUAUACUAAAAGUGUCGUGCACAUGGCUGGCUAGAAUGCAUGUAUUACUCUAGUUUGGCUUACAGAGAGAGAGCAUUGCAACAGAUACUUGAGAAAAUGAAAAGAGCUUGUCCCUUUCUUUGUAAGGGGUAGGCAGGAUGUGGCGAGGUGUUGGGAGGGUGAAGUAUUAAAAAAAAAUGGCGAAAUGAAUAAGAAAAUAAAAAA